AUGUCCGUCCAUCCAGUGCACCUCCCAUACCUCACUCAAUCCCCUCCAGCCUCCGUCCGCUGGGAAGGCAAGAUUCACGAUGAGCUACUCCUCCCGGACUGGAUGCAAGGAGAGACGGGCACUCAGUUCACACGAGACGCUCGUACCUACCUGCGCAACUUGGUUCACUUUACUCUGCAAGACGACUUCUACAGACAGAUGUCGGCAGCAAGUGCUCUAGGCGCUGCGGCGCUGCUGUUCACUUGGAUCAAAUUCGGCAUGGCUGCACGCUCGUCCGGCUUCGCCCUCGUCACCAAGAGGCAGAGGGGCGAGUCAAAGGACACGGUCCGAAUCCUCAAUCCCAUCUUCAUCACUUGCCUCUUCAGCACUCUGUUCACCGCCCACGCCUUCACCUCCCUUUGGAUGGCCAUCCGCGGGCACCUCUGGCACACCUCGCUCAAAAUGUACGGCCUCUUCAUCUCCUCGUACUGGAUCUGGUUCCUUAUCGGCACUCACCUCUGGAUCACCUCGCACUUCUUAACUGCCCUCACUGCCAUCGUGCCUCGAGCGACUGGUAGCGGCAACGAUUCGCGCCUCUCGCGCGCUGGCAGGAGGAUCGGCCACGCCUUCACCUCACAGUACGCGCUCGUCCUCCUCUAUCUCGGCGUGCCGCUCUUCAUCCUCUCCUCAGCCGUCGGGGCCAGCUCAGCCCUGGCAGUCCGCUGGGCGCAGACCUACGAUGACUGGACAAGCCUCGACGGAAUCCUCCUCCUUCUGCAGGGCUUCGUAGUCGAGCCGCCUACAGCGCUGCAAAAGAUGGCCAUAUCCAGCUCAUGGAGUAGAUGGGUCGAGGCGUGGUGGCUCGUUGGGGUCAAUUGUACCAUCUGGACCACUUGGUCUGCGCUACUCCUGACAUACGAGGUGGUGGGCGCCGCCGUGGUUUUGGCCUAUUUGAGGGAUCAGCUGAAAGGGGAAGAACGCCACCACAAGGUGUGCGAGACCGAGCUGGCGAUGCGACGUGCGCCACAGCAGCAAGCGGGCGAUGCAGAGCUGGAACCAGCGAGAGCUUCAUCGCCACUUGACGGCGCAUCUCAGGACGUCAAUCCCUUCGCCGGUGGCAGCUACGACGCUCCAGCCUCAAUCGAUGUCCCCGGUGCGGACGCCGUAGAUAAAGACAAGCAAGGCGCCAGCAGCUUCGUCGACGCCUACCCGCCACCCCUUCGCCCGCCACGUCCCCCAAGCACGGCACUCAGUAUCGCCUCGACCACCCACACCGCUUCCCAGCUGUGGCGCCCACCCUCGCGUGUCUCAGUCCUGACAGAGCGCACUCUGGAAGAGACGCGCGCGAACAUCGCAACGCUGCGAGCCACUAUCCGUGAGGUGGUCUGCGCCGCCUUUCUACCGCUCGUUCCCGUGACUCUGGUGCUCACGAUGAACCUGGGCUGGUUCGCCUCCCAUGCGGCCAAGGCAGCAAAGAGCGGCCCGGAUGAGCUAAAGCCUCUUAACGUCAAGUAUCAUGAGGUGGCAGCCUGGAGUAUCUUGAUGGCUGUCUGGGCGAGCAUUAUGGUCGGUGUGUUCGAGCAGGGAGCGGUCAGGCGAUUGGUGGCAAGGCGAUGACCGUGGCUCACGCAGGGUCUUCGAUCUCAAUACUCGUGUAUCAGAAUGACUCUUUGUGAUUGUGGCAAGCGAUGAUCGCGUUUCUUUUGUAUCCUACUUUCCCCUUUCUCAGGCUCGCUCUCCAACAACGGUGUUGUCCCUGAUCUCCAAACGGUCGUGCAGCUCCUCCGCAAGCUUAGCAGCGCGGAGCCCACUGGCGAACAUACCACCAAAGGUAGGUCCCAUACGGGGCACGCUCUUAGCCUCGCUGAUCUCCAUUCCGCAGCAGAUGAUGCCAGGGAAGAUCUG